AUGCAGCUGCACACCGAGGCCCCCACGUGGUAUGAGGUGCUAGGUGUGGCACAGAGCGCCAGUCGCGACGAGGUCAAGGCUGCCUUUCGGCAGGCAGCCCUGCGGAUGCACCCCGACAAGACCGUGGGCGGCGGCGACAGUCACGGCAGCAGCUCCGCGGCCGGCGGCAGUGCAGGCAGCAAAUACCUUCUGGUGCAGCAGGCCUGGGAGGUGCUGCAAGAUGCUGCGAGCCGUGCUGCGUACGACCGCCAGCUGGCGCUGAGCGCGGCAGCCGCCCAGGUGCACAUCAACGAGACGGUGCUGCUAGGGGAGAUGGAGCAGGAGGACGUGGAGGGGCAGCGCUGCCGCUCGUGGCGCUGCCGCUGCGGAGGCAGCUUCUUGCUGCUGGCUGAGGACGCGGCGGCGGUGGCUGCUGUAGCGGGCGAGCUGGCGGUGCCGUGCAGCACCUGCUCGCUCCACAUACGGGUGGUGACUGUGCCUGGCCCUUCCGGCCAGAGGUAG